UAGGUAAAUACUAGUGUUGUCACUUGUACCUCAGCAAUCUAGGGUUUUAGGCAGACAUCAUCGUCAGUUAGCAGCUCCGUAAUCGAAAAUGGUGAAGGGACGCCAAGGAGAGCGCGUAAGACUUUAUACUAGAGGAACCGUUCUUGGAUACAAGAGGUCGAAGUCGAAUCAGUAUCCAAACACGUCAUUGGUUCAGAUCGAGGGAGUGAACACGAAGGAGGAAGUAGAUUGGUACUUGGGGAAGCGUAUGGCCUAUAUAUACAAGGCGAAAACAAAGAAGAAUAACUCCCAUUAUCGCUGCAUUUGGGGUAAAGUUUGCAGGCCACAUGGAAACAGUGGGGUCGUUAGAGCUAAGUUCACGUCCAAUCUGCCACCAAAGUCCAUGGGAGCUAAGGUUAGAGUUUUCAUGUACCCAAGCAACAUAUAAGCAAGGUGUUUAGUUGAUGCUUUUUUGGACGCCCUACAUUUGUCUAUCAAGUUCAUUAGUGGAAGGAUUUUAAUCUUUAAAACUAGUUGGACAUAAAUUGUUUUUGGUUAUGUGGAGUUACAUUUUUAGUCGUUUUGUUUAUCAUGUACUUUAAAUACCUAGGAGUGAACAUCUGAUUAGAUGCUACCUAAUUUUGUUCUUGGAGUUUCUACGUA